UUAGUUUCACUAAAACAUAAAAUACCGUACUUACGAACUUCUACUCUGUAAACCACAAACAUUUACCGAAAGUAAUGUUUCAGUUCUAUCUGGAUAUAGUACACUACUAGAGCUGGUGUCCGAGGACUUCCAAGUAGAGUCAUUAUAAUUGACAGAUUCUGCAGCUCCUAGGUUGUCCCAUCUGGAAGCGCCCCCUGGUCUGUGUGACCUGUGACCGUUGCGGUGUGAGCGUGUCAACAGAGCUUGAGAGGAGCGGACUUCGUGUUUCUACUUUAUGCUGAUUUAAACAAACUAAUGAGAGUCUGCUCAGAGACAAGCGACACCUAUGUAAACAAACUAAUGAGAGUCUGCUCAGAGAAAAGCGACACCUAUGGAUGAAGCCAGCACAUGUCUGCGUCUACACAUAGUGUUAGCGGUGGUCGGCGGGCUUUUUCUGGUAAUCGCCAUGGUGGCACUGCUGUGGAAACUUAGACAAUGGAGAGUGAGCCGGCGGGGGGUAUUGAAAAGGUGUAGCGUGAGAUACAACACGAUAUCUGAAGAAAACGGGACGAACACUUACCAGGCAGCGCAGGAAGAAAGGAGCAUCUCAGGAUGCGAAAUCUAUGGACGGCAAGAUGAAAUACUCACAUACGACCAGAGGAAGAGAUUUGGACUUAUCAAUGUCCACAAAGGAACCCAGACACCGCUGGAGACCAUGUUAUACAGCAACUAUCCACGUCUGAUAUCGACGAUCGACGAAGCCUUCCGAAGAAGAGUCGAAACACGAGAUCUUUACUCGCCAAGAGGAGAAAAGAUUAAUACCGAUUAUGAUUAUCCAUUCGUGCACCAAGAAAUUUCUCGAUCUAUCAGCGGUUGGACUAGCAAAUAUGAAAACGCUGUCCUUCGAAAUAGACAAUCAAAUUCAUCCGGAAACUCGAAGUUAUCGUGUAGGAGACGUAGGCUAUCGAGCCCCUGCUCCAAUCAAAUGGACAACAUCAGCUACAUCAACUCUCAGUUGUUUACCGCUAGCUCUUGUCCGUUAGGCGAGGACGCUCUUAGUUCCGAGUCCCAAACGUGCAGUGACGCAGACAGUGACACCGGAAGUUCCGAUUACGACAGUGAUCCACCAAAAAUUCUCCUCGACAAAAAGCUGAUAGCAUAUGUAAAGAAACUGGAGAGAAACCACACUGUUUACAUUGAAAAAUAUAAAACUCGACGAGGUUCUCAUAAAAAAUGUUCGAAAUCAGUUUCUUUGGAACUUCCAGUCUUUGAUCACAGAAGACGAGCCAAUACGGGAGUGCUGAAACUUCUGGACCGGAAAAGGACAAAGGUUCGCAAAACAUGCUCUAUACCAGUUAACAUUGAAACUGUGCGCAAACCUUGUCGUCACAAUCAGAACCCUAAACCCUGCCAGCACCACCAGGCACACAAACCUUGUCGUCACAAUCAGAACCCUAAACCCUGCCAGCACCACCAGGCACCCAAACCUUGUCAUUGCAAUCAGAACCCUAAACCCUGUCUCUCUGAAGAGAAUUAUCUGAAAAUACUGCCGUGACAUCCCAAUCUAAUGAUCAGUGGGAUCAAAACGUCAUUUCAGUCAUGUGUUUAUAUUAUAAACGCAAUCAAACUCAAAUCUGAUGUUAGAUCCGCUCCUAUACCCGCUACAUGCAAUACUUUACAAGAGUUCAAUUUUAUGCUAAUUCAUAAGGACUUUUAGGAAUAACAUCACUAGAUUGCUGUACAAAGUUUUCCGUAGAUGAGAAAUAUUUCUCUAGCCUUCUCCAUACAAAACUGUGGAGGAUUGCUAUUCUUAAUAUUCUUACCAGAGUCCUCUCCUUAACUUCAUCUCACCUACAUAUCUAUUAGAAUACUAACACACUUUGGUAUUGUAGUAAAUGAUUACAUCUUAAGAAAAAUUGUAAACUCUCCUCCAAAAGGACAUGCAAUUAAAGUUCAUAAACUAGACCUUUGUUCCUUGGUUUUCACACUCAUUUUUUCUUCCUGUUGUGAAAACAAAGAAGAGGGGAAAGAGAAUAUAAUAAUUACAUCAUUAAAUAUCACACUGUAUUCAAUAAUAAUCAGUUUAUUACAAAUUAUACAGGAAACAUUAUCAGAUGAUGUCUAGCACUGUCCUAUGAUAACACAAAAUCCAAGUAUAUACUUCAAUCUGUUCACAUUAUUUUCAUAUCUCUACAGAAAACAAAAUAUACAGGAAAUCUGACAUAUAUGUAUAUGGAAAACGGAACGAGGCAAAUGAAAGGGGUCAUGUCCCGGCCUUUCUGUGUCUCAGUACAUAAACACUAUGUGUCUAUCUGCAUUGACGGAAAUAUUUAUGUAUGUACACACUUGGAACUACACUUUAUCACAGAUAAUUACUGAUUCACUUCCCACAAGUCAUUAUAUGAAAUCCUUGCACCAAAAGCGUAUGAACUGCUGCAAAACAAAGCUGCUUGAGAAAAAAGAAGCAAAACUAUAAUGGAAUAUGAAAUAAAAAACACAUCUGCAAAAUAGUCAUGAUCAAUUUCAUCUGAUUUCAAUAAAAAAAAUAUCUGAUUCGCGAUGAUGAGGAUCACAUUAUGUCACAAGUUGCAACACAUCAGAAUUUGACUUUGUUCCACCAAUCAAGUCCAGAAUCAAUACUGUUGAGCACUUUCAUCUUUAUCAUAGUCUCCUGGUCACCUCACAGCUGAGCAGGCAUUCCACUCUGUCGUUAAAAAGUAAGAACAACUUACAAAAAUAUGCAAAGACUUUACCAAAAUAAGAACUACAACAUACGCCAUUACAGUAUAUAUCUACUUUCAUUAUCUGCACUAAACAUACUCAAAACAAGAGAUAACUAUUAAGGCUGUUCCAGUAAAACAUACAGGGGACAGGGGGAAGGCACUUGAAAAUUAGGAUGACCACCCAUAGAUGUGAUUUUGGUACACUCCUAUCCACCCAUAGAGGCAAAUAAUGAAGCUUUAUAGGCACCUAUAAAAGCAAAUUGAUUUUUUCGAAAAGUAGAAUUUAAAAUAUUCCCCAAUCAGAAUUUUUUCCCCAUCAUAGAGCACAGAAUACUUUUUUCAUCUCGAUACCAACUUUAUUUCAGUUUUCAAUCCAUGCAAUUCCCUUUCCAGCAUAAUUUACAGAAUGCCAAGAUUGCCUCUAACAAUCAUGUUUUCUGAUUAAUUUCAUACAGAUUACCCUGGUACAUGUAUAUGGUUUGGUCAAAUAAGAAAUUUUUGUGCAAAAGCCAUCCACAAUAGAAUUCAUAUCCCACCAGUGUGAACCAUCCAUUUAUGUUUUUAAAAAAUGCUGCCUUUCCCUGGUACCCCAUAUGUUUUAAUGGAAGACUCCUUGGUAUUUCUGCUUAUACAAUACAGUUUUUAAUUCACACCUGGUUAUAUUUAUGCUUAGUUUUAACUCAAUGUCCAUUUUAGAUUGAUGGAUUUUAUAAUAUAAUCAGCAUGGUUAUGUUAUUUUCACUAUGGGGUGGGGGUGGAAAGUUUUGGCUAUAUAUAGCAUAAGUAGAUAUGCAUGCAUUGCAUUGCCUGGCAAAACACAUUCAUAUCACAGACUCAAGAGUUAUCCUAUGAAUUUCAAAAUAACCCAUGUACACCAUCAUAUUUAUACAAUUUAAAUGAUCCGGUACAUCUUGAUAUUCAUACAGAUUUAAAUGAUUGUGUACAUCUUCAUAUUUAUACAGAUUUAAAUGAUAUUUCUGUUCCAAAUUUCACACUUACCUUGGCCUUUCUUUGAGCCUUGAGUUUGUCCAACAAUUCCUGAAUCCCUCGACCCAAUUCAGGGUCAGCCUGGCUGAAAUUCUUGACCACUCUCUUCUGUAGGAAAUCUGUGGCACUGAUUGCAUGGUUAGCAAUGUUCUCCACCAGCCUCUGUCUCUCAGCUGGCUUCAGAACCUGUAAAAUUACAAAAUACUACAAUGCAAGGCUUCAAGUCACCAUGGCUACCGGAUAGUUUCCUUUCUGUGAAAAUUUGGAAUAAAUAAUGCAUUUCCACUUGAUAUUAUAAAUAAAUGCUACAUGCUGCUAUAGUGCAGCUUUUGAACUUUCAGCGGUGGUCUAGAGGUUAGAGCAUUUGCCCCACAUGCUGAGGGCCAGAGUUCGAAUUCCGGCCACAAGAGACCCCAGUCGUUAAAACAGGUAGUGACAAUUCCAUCGCCAAACGCUCAGCAUCAGGUGUGAAUUUCACUGGUCCUCGGAGAUGACCUUAAAACGGAUAUGCCCCAUAUCACAGUAGGUGUGGCAUGCUAAUGAACCCUCACUGCUCAUUGGCCGUAAGCGCCGAGCAGAGGCCUAAAUUUGAAGCCCAUCACCAGUCUUGGUGACAUCCCCAUAUGAGUGAAAAAUUCUUGAGUGAGACGUUAAGCAAAAUACAAUCAAUCAAUCUAUCAGAAACACUGAUUUUAUCACAAUUUUUACUGAACAUGUUUCUGCAUUUUUUUGGUUGGGCAAGAAAUCAAAAUCAUGUGAUCAACAAAGUACAAUGACAAAGAGGAAACAGAGUUCAAAUGUUCCUGAAUUUACCUAUCAACGAAUCCCUUCUAUAUUACAGUACCAUGAAACCUGAUGUCCACGAAAAUUAAUGACACUUGCCCAAAAUGGCACACUUAUCAAUAUACUGUGAAACCUGUCUAAACAGACAUGCACUGCGAGAGAUCACUUUGUGUGAGAUUAGACAGGAUGUCAUAUUACACAAUGUAAAGAACAUGGAACAACUGUAAAUUGUUGAUGAAAAUUGAAUUUAAGUUCAAUGUGAAACAGAAUACACUUGUGACAGGACUAACUGUGAUUUCUGUCAAGUUGUAUCACAAUAACAUUUUGAUAAAGAUAUUUAUUGCAUAUC